AUGUCGCUCUCAUCGACGUGGAGCUGCCUGCGACCAGCGGCCGCCCGGCGCGUGCCGGUAGCAGCGGCAUUCAGCAGCACUCCCUCACGCAGUAACACCAGCAUCCCCCCCGAGUCGCCCUCCUACAUCCGCCUGCCUCAGGUACCGCAGUCGACCGAGGUCAAGCCCGAGCGUGUACGCGGUACGCUACCCGUGCCCCGGGCCAUCUUUGACCGCCGCGACGGCGCCCGCAAGGUGCAUCCCGACUACAUCACCCAGACAGCGCCGCAGCGCGCCAGCGACGCCCGCCCGCUCAGAAGCGACGCCCAGCGGUGGAAGAAGACCAUGGCCGACAGCCGCCGGGAGAACCUCGCCGAGGGUCUGCAGGGCCUGUGGCGGCGCCACGAGACGCGCGAGCGGGACCGGGCCGGGCGCGCGCGCCGCCGGGAGCAGGCUGUGCGAGGCGCUCGCGAGGCCCCCGAGCCCCGGGCUGCCGUCAUGACGCGCGGCACUGUUUUGGCGUCCAUCAACGACACCGCCGUGCUGCCGGACCCGGAGCGCUUUGAGAAAGCGGAGCGCAGCCGCGCGUGGGUGCUUGCGCAGGACAGCGCCCGCCGUGACGCCCGCCGCGACGCCCUGAUGGAGCUUUAUAUCAACGCCUCUAACUUCAUCGUCACCGAGGCCGAGCUCAAGGACGAGAUUGAUCGACUCUUCCACGAGGACUACUUCCGCAAGCAGAGCGUCAAGGGGUACCGCCCCGGCGCCACCGAGAACGUCUGGGGCGUGCAUGGCAAGCCGCCCGGCCUAUCCACCAUGUUCGAGUCGGUCACCCGGACCUCGACCAACCUCGCAAACGCAAGCGAGUCCGAGUUUGACCACUCCGUCAAGCGCACCAAGAAGAUUUCGGAGGAAUUGACCGGCGGCAAGAUGGCAUAG